AAUUAAGUGUUAUUCUGAGCAUUUGACUAUGACAUCACAAUUUGAUUUUAAUUUCCAAUGUUUGUUUCAUAACAGCACAUUUGUAUAUUGUUGAUUCCAUUGUGACAUCACAAUGAAGCAUUGAUGACCUGUAAUGAUGACAAACAAAACAACUGUGAUAGCAACAGCGCAGAUGACAACAAACUGGUUGGAAUUCAAAAGCUGCAAUGGAGCACCAUAAUAACUUCCUAGUUUAUAUUCUGGUACUAUUCAAAUACAUACACUGCAGUGAUUAUCAACCACCACCUAAACCAGAUGAGAUUCCUCACCCAAAAGAUCUAUUUGAAGCCUACUAUAAAUGCCUAGAGAGGAAAAAUGCUUGGUACUUGAAUAUGAAGGAUAAAUCUGAGGCUAAACUCAUUCAAGAGGGACACACAUUGAAACUGGACUGCAAUAUUUGUAUCAGUCCUGCCCAUGAUAUCAACUCAUAUACCUGGGAGUGGAAGGUUAAGAGAGGUGAAGAUAUAGUGGAAAAGCCUGUCAUCCUCAAGGAGAAGACACGAUUCCUUACAGAUGAGAAAACAUUGGUGAUUAAAGGAGUUCAGAUUGAAGAUGCUGGUGAUUAUUUCUGUCUUCGUAACAAUGAGUAUGAAGCUGUUUACAGACUAGAUGUGGUGUUAAAAGAAAGACGUGUCCAAGUUGUAGAAUCUGGUGACCAAGGUCGCCAACCUAAAAAUUCUCAACGUUUAGAUGAACACAACCUUUGGUUGUUUACAUCAUGGUCGUCAUGGACACGGUGUAACCAUUGUGAUAAAUUAGGUCAAAGGAGGAGAAUUGGAAUAUGUACUGUGAAGAAGAUAAAUUCAUCGCUAGAGGUGUUGCCAAUUGAUGCACCAGUAUUGGCUGAAUACCCUGAAGGUGUACCGUGCAGGUCAACAUUGAUUCCUAUGUACCUUUCAAAUCUACCAGUAGUUUUGGCUAGGCGUAGUGAGACCAUGAUGGGAUACUGUAAGAUCCCUUGCCCCACUAUACCUCCACCAAGAAAUAUCACUGAUGAUACUGGUGCAGUUAUUGAGACAGUCAAUGAAGCAGAAGGAUUUUACUCACUAAGGGAUCACAAAGAUGGAAAGCCAACAUUUCCACCACUGGUAAAACGGCAGUCAAUGUACCUUGAACGGGGAAAACGGGUUUACCUGGAAUGUCCACAUGAAAAAUCAACAGAGGAACUUGUACAUUGGCAAAAUGGAACAUUAACUUUAAACCCAAGAAUAAUCCGGAAAAUUUCCAGAGGGAGAGUAAGAAUUGAUACUCAGAAUCGGCUCCAUAUAAGGAGACUCCAGCCCUGGGACGAGAAGGCAUAUAGCUGCUGGAUCAGUGGGAAGCAUAUCGCAACAAUCAAGAUUAUUGUUACUGAAGUGCCAGUUCGCAAUCUGAAAGACUAUAUUGCAAUGGCAGGAUUUGCAGUCUUCAUUCUUGUUUUUUGUUGUAUUUGUGUUUCUAUUUGCAAAGGAAGGAACAAAAAGACUGCGCAAUAAUCUGAUAGUAACAACAUUUUGUCAAAAUGGGCAAUGUACAGUAGACCGUGGAUGUAGCCAGGCAUGAUGCAGGAGAGACAACUCCCUUGCAAAAUUUUACAGAAAUUACUUUUCAGACAUUUUUCAACUAAAACUAAAAUGAAAUCAAUAUACAGGGUUGGCCAAAAAGUGUAACCCUAAUUAUAUUGUAUUACAGUCAAAAUGAGUAAGAUUUUUGACCCACCCUGUAGUAUACAUCCUUAACAUCCUUUGGCUUAAAGCCUCU